UCAUUCUAUCUUCAAUACAGAAGAGUUCCAAUGAUGAAGAUGAGUUGACGUUGAACCAUGAUAAUCUGAGGUUUACAUUGGAUCGGAAAUAAGGCUGGGCUGAGAGGAUAUGCAAAAAUAGAUGAUAGGAAGAUGAUGCCUGAAGUCAAUCAAACCAACAAUGGAAGAAGAAAAACCUGAGCCGAAGCCUCCAAUAUCCACGCAACAAAUUCUUAAGUUGUCAGAUUUGGGAAUUUCUCUUGAGUAUGUGACCUGGUCUCGUGUUGCCUUGACAACAGAUAAAUGGAUGGCAGUAAGACAUAACACAAAUGGUGAGAAAUCUCAGUUGACUGUUUUAAAUCCAGUAGAUGGCAGUAUCAAAUACUCAGAACCAAUUGAAGCAGACUCGGUGCAGGUCAACCCAUCUCAACCAAUCAUAGCAGUCAAAUGUGGCCAGAAGCUGGAGGUGUAUAACUUUGAGACCAAAGCUAUGAUUAGUAAAUCCAGAAUACAUGAGCCUAUUGCCUUCUGGACAUGGUUGAACUCCGACAUCAUUGCUAUGGUUACAGAGAAUUUCAUAUACCACUGGGACCUUUGGCAAGAUGACAGUCCACCUGAGAAAAUGUUUAUGAGGCACAAUCGCUUGACAUUCAGUGAAAUAGUCAGUUACAAAGCAGAUGCAAGUCUGAAGUGGUUAGCAAUUACUGGCUUGAUGCCUGAGGAUGAAAAGAUAACAGGGACCACACAACUAUACAGUGUGGAUGAAGACAUCACGCAGUGCAUUGGUGCCCAUGUCGUCAGCUUUGGCAGUUAUCAGUACUCAGACAAUGCAGCACCCUCUACAAUCCUUUGUGUGGGAGCUAGGGAUGCACAGGAUCAUGGAAAGGUUCAUGUGAUAGAACUCGGUCCGCAUAAGACUGGUAACUUCGCUCCGAGAAACAACUAUGAUCACAUUCAGUUCUUUGAUGAUGCAGACCGAUAUGACUUCCCUAUAUCUCUUCAAGUUUCACCAGAAAAUGGGUUGCUGUUCUUGAUCACCAAGUAUGGCUUUUUGUACCUCUGUGACCUAGAGAGUUCAGUGUGUCUGUGUUCCACCAGGAUAUCCACCAGUAUCAUUUUCUGCUCCACCUUAAACUCUGCUACACAGGGACUUCUGGGAGUCACACGCCAUGGUCAGAUAAUUUGUGUAGAUGUUGACAAGGAUGAUCUUGUGGCCUAUGUCCGAGGUCGAGCCAAGACAGUGAAUCAAGCAGACAGGCUAGAAAAGGCGAUUACCCAGUGAUAAAGGUGCUAUAGACUGCUGACUAAUAGUCGACAGUCCCACUAUCAAUGUACAGGGCAUUAAACAAGUCUCAAAGUUGUUUUACAGAUAUUCUAUGUACAUGUUCGUAUUUACAUCAGUUUUAAUACUUAUUACAUUUUAUGCUAUUGUUUAUACUGUUAUGUUAUUGAGGAAUUGUUUAUUGUUUGAUGGAAUUAAUCAAUGCUCAUAUGUUAAAGCAAUACAAGCUGUAACUGACGGUAAAUAAAUUGAAAAAGAAAAGAACAAAUAUCUAACAUAUUUUUGAUUAAAUACAUACAACUUAAUAGAAACAGAGGGAAUUUGAAGCAAUAAACCCGUCAAAUCAGCAGAAAAUGUCGAUUCAUGAAUCAUUGUCAUCCUGUCAGUAAUUCCUGCUCGUAAUCUCCGAUGUGCAUUGACCUCGGAGGUCACCAGUUCGGUAAAAAAGCAAAAGAGAGGCACUGAGCACGUGUCAGAUUUCUAAACAAUUUUACCUGCCAAUUUUAUAGAAAAUUCACUAUCAAAAUUUCAUUUGAGUUGCACAUUUGUGUAAUUAUUGCUUUCUUACACUUACAGUACUUCUUGUCAUUCAUGAAACGAUGUAAUAUUUUAAACAAAUAAAACGUGUAGUUACUCACGUCAGUUUCCAUCUUUGUAUAUGACGUCGGUCUCAGCAACCCGAUUAUGUUCGGCAAUCAUCGUUCCCAUAUCCUUGUAUACGACGCAAUGGCGGUUUAUACGAAACGCUCAUUGUAGGUAUGCUCUCAAACAAUAUUUCCUUGUUUAUUUUGUUGAAUUUUUCUUUAGAUCUUGGGGAUUAUAUCAGUUAUACUGAUAGGAGUUAAUUGAUUCAUAAUUGGAUAAUUGAAAAAAUGCCGUCAGUUACAGCUUGUAUUGCUUUAAUGAAGUAUUUGAGUUUUAAAAAUGACACAAAUCAAUGAAAAGUAACAAUGCUUUGAAUUUAAAUGAUACACGGUGCAAAUGACAAUUCACUUUUAGAUUAUUUUUCAUAUAAUCACAUUUGACUACUGUAGAGUUUCCACAUAUUUAUUGUAUUAUUUAUUGUUUACAUUGUAUUCUUGUAUGGUGCACUUUUAACUCACACUUUUAGCUUAUCUCAGCCAGUGGCUCAAGGGAGCUUUUGCCCAAUAUCUGUCUCUCUUUUUAUGUGUCUAUGUCUCUUUGACACAAAUUUACCAUAUUUUCAUCAUCUUCAAAUCACUUGGCCAAUUUCAACCAAACUUAGCUUAAAGGCAUCCUAUGGAUUCAAGAUCAUUAAAUGAAGGGCCAAUCUUAAAACCUACUGGAAUAAUAGAGCCAACACUUUCAUUAUAAAUUGAAAAUUGAAUUUUUUAAAUCUUGAAACGUACACCAAGGCCACAAAAUUAUAAUUUAAAAGUACUAAAAAUAUAUAGGAAUUUAUUAUAAAAUCUUUAUAUCAAGAGUCACAAAAAUGCAAUUUGUCACAUGGAUAUUUACAGGCAUCCUUGUGAAGUGUAGAUUUAUUGAAACUAUGACACAUUAAGGAUUGGAGUUCCCGCAAAGGGGCUUUGAUGUUUUUACUUUUGAAUACCAUAUAACAGGUAUUUUCUGUGGUUAGAAAUUUUGUGAUAUGAUCUGUAAAUGGUAGCAAAUUAUAUUGUACAUUUCCAAUUUCUGCGGUUGCAUUAUACAAGCCCCUGUCUAUACCUGUACGUAUCGAUAUAUUUUUUGCAAUUGUUAAAUUUUGUGGAUUUUUCCUAUCCGCAAAAUAUAGAAAACCGCAGAAAAUACCCGUGAUACAUUAUACUGUGAUCAUGAUCAUUUAUUGCUGUUUUUGUUUUUAAUGACAGCAACAUUCAAUUCAUUGGAAAUUUGCUUGUCAAAAACCAUGGCAUUUUGUUAGGAAUAGGAUUUACGACACUGUGGUGUAUAACCUAGUUUACAAUAAUUACUAUGAAAUGAAUUCUGUGUAUCAGCUUUAACCUAUGCUAUUAAACUGCUGCAUAAUUUAGACGAUGUAUACUCACUCAUCGUAAGAAUCUCGUUUUACAUAUGUUGUAUUGUUGUUGUUUUUAUGUGGAUAGUUUUUAUCAUGGAUAAUAAUCUAGUCUUUCAUACGAGUGCUUCCAUUUCCACCGUCUCUUAUCGCUGUUUACAUGCACUUACAAUUUAUUGAAAUCCAAAAUAUUGUCAGUCUCAUCAUUAAAUUAUCUUGAAAAGUAAAUUUUUCUUUAUAUUUAUGGAAUUGUUUCAGAAAAAAAAUUAUUUCAUACUUCAAGAUGUAGGAACUAGGCCUAGUAGUCAUGACGAUUUUAUGAAUUUCGGUUGUGUCCUCUAAAAACAUUAGAAACGGGAAAGUGCAAUAUAGCCUACUUAUGAUAUUAACUCAUUUGAAACUUGACAUCGAAUUUACAUGCUUCUAACUUGCAAAAUGCUUUAAGUUUUAUCAUAAACUAUGCAUAUCAAAAUAAGGAAAGACAUGUAAUGAUUUAUGAAAAAGUCCCCUCGACUAAUUUUUCAUACAAAGACAGUAAGAGACAAAUUGUGAUUGUUGGUACUAGGAUAGUAUAUGUUUGUAAACACAUCCAGAUCAAAACAUCUCUUUUUCUCCAUUGAAUAUUAAAUCUCUAAAUUGAGAAAAAUUAGAUAUUUUUUAAAGUCAUUCAUUCAGAUAUUGGCACUUAUAUAAUGUAUAACUUUUAUUUGUACUUAAUCAGGAUUGUUGGAAAUAUUUUGUUUUAGAAAAUUAGUUACUGUUUCUUCAAUGCAUAGUAUUUUCACUACACUGAAUAAAUAUUAAAAUGUCAA